UCUCUCUCUCUCUCUCUCACUCCCCCUCCCUCUCUGUCUCUCUCUCCCUCUUCCAGUGUGCACUGUGCUCCAUCUAUGCUUUUUUUCUCUCUCUCUCGUUUGCAUUCGCUCUCUCUCAGCAUCGGCAGCAGCAGCACAGGAUAGCAGCUGUCUACCUGACUAGAAUACCAAAGCCACUGGUCUGCUAGAUCAGCAUCAUCGUCUAAAACCACAAGAGUGUCAGGCUGUAAAGCUGCAGCGUCUGCGGUGGAGAUCUCUAAUCAUCCGGUAGCAGUCCCUGAUGGGACAGAAACCAGCCAAAACUGCAACAAAUCACACCAUUGACUGGAGGGCUGCAAUUCCUCAUAGAGGAACCUGAGGUAGAGGAGCCGGGAGAAGACCUGUACAGGGUGAUUUUCAACUGCUCCCUCUAUCUUUACUGUCUUUUUCUGAGAGGAUCCUUAUCCUUUCUCUCUCUUCUUCUUUCUCUCAGUACGGGAAUGUAGCUGGCGGAUAAGGGAAGGUUUCUAGGUCUCUGCUACAUUAACAGGCAGCGCACAGAGACAGCAGGGCGCUGAGCGGACAGCUUGGGGAACCUGAGGAACGGGAUAAAGCAUUGCAAACGACAGAUUUAUCCACCCUUCUACCUCCACCACCCACCCCUCCUUUUCUCUCUGUAUCUCUAAGCUCCAGGGUUAUUUUUUCUUCUUGUUGCCAUCAAUGGAUUUUGUAUUUUUCCCUACUGGAGAAUAGCAAGCAACUGAGUGCUGGGAGUGGGCUUGGUUUUUCUCCAAAACAUAAAAGGAGAAUCCCUUGUGAGGGGGGAUGUUGUAGACAGCGGGGGUCUGGAGAGGGAGCAACGACACAGCCAGGGCUGAUCUCUCUUCUCUCUGAUGGGAGGGACAUGUUUCUGGGGCUGGCUAGCUGACUCAGCUAAGGUGAGAGAAACCCAGGAUCCUAUCUGCCUUGCCUGCUGAGAGGUGGGAAUCAGAACCACCCCUGCAAGUUUUCCUCAACAGCAUCCAUAACUAAAACGCCCCAUCUUGGAAUAUUGACGGUGGAAAAGAGAAAGGGUGCGAAAUAGAGAGGUCUGGGUUUGAUCAGUGCCAACAGAUGAGUGUGCAGGUGCUGCGACAAGGUGUCUUCACAGACGGAUUUACAGCUGUUUGUCCCUCACUGUCUCCUUUCUAUUCUCCUCUUCAUCAAUUAUUUUUGGAUUGUCCUUGGAGUUGGACAUCUGGGUUGCUUUUGGACAGGACUCAAACUGGACAAAAGAUCAUUCCACAUCUACAUCAGAUUGUUCCACCUCUGUUGUGCGUCUGAGUUUGUCUGAGUGUUUGUCUGUACGUUUCUGUGUAUGUAUGUGUUUGUGACCAUCUCAUUGUGUGUGUUUCUUUCUCGAUGUCCGGCAUUGCCGGCUGCCAUUCUGGCUCGUGCUUCCCAUGCCUGUCAUGCACCUGGCCCCAAGAUUAACCCUUGCUAAGCCGUGCUCAGGAUGAGCGAGAGCUCCGGAGCAGUCACAUCCGGGGUGGUGAUCCUGGAGGAGUGUCCAGAGGGGAGUAGGGAGCGAGAGCAGGACCAAGGCCAAGAGCCAGGGCCCCUGCGCUGUGGAGGCUGCACCGUGUGGCCCCGCCAGCAGACAUGGCUAUGUGUGGUCCCUCUGCUCAUAGGCUUCAUUGGCUUGGGACUAAGCCUGAUGCUGCUCAAAUGGAUUGUGGUGGGCUCUGUUAGGGACUACGUGCCUACAGACCUGGUGGACGCUAAGGGUAUAGGACAGGACCCCAUGUUUCCCCCCCAUCUCUCCAAGCCCAGCACCUUCCCCAAGAACUCAGACACUACCACUACAACCACUACUACCAUGGCAAACCCCACCUCAACCACCGUCACAGCGGUGAGGGGCAGAACUCGAACUGUUGUCGCACACCACCCCAGUGGCACCACUACUACCGCUAAGGUGGGUGGUGCAUCAGGCAGCCAAGUUACACCUCGCAGCACCACACAACGCCAAGGCAACUCCGGGGGCGGAAGACCACAAGGCCCCGUUAUUACCACAACCACCGCUGCGCCAGUUGUCAUUUUUACCACCUCCAGCCCCUCUCCUUUUAACCCCACCGUGCUGCAUGACUCCACAGAAAUGUGGACGCACAAGCACUCCACGGAGAGGCCUGCCACCAACCCCACACGGACCCAUGUGAACCGAAAAACAUCGUCACCCACCAUUCCUCAAAUGCGCUCAGAGCAUUUCAAGCAAUGUCACGUGAAGGACCUGGCCUACUGCUUGAAUGAUGGAGAAUGCUUUGUCAUCGAGACGCUGAGUGGCCCACACAAACAUUGCAGGUGUAAAGAAGGCUACCAAGGUAUACGGUGCGACCAGUUCCUGCCGAAGACCGACUCCAUCUUAUCUGAUCCGACAGAUCACUUGGGCAUUGAGUUUAUGGAGAGCAAGGAGGUGUACAAGAGACAAGUGCUGUCAAUCACCUGCAUCACCAUGGGGAUCAGUGUUCUGGGCAUUCUCUGUAUGGCUCUCUACUGUCGGAACAAGAGAUGCAGAGAAAAACUCCAGGCCCACUUGAAAGAGAGUCGCAGCCUCAAAAACUACAGCGGCAACGCCUCUGCUUUGGAGUCCAAAUCCAGCCUGAGGCCUGACACGGGCCUGCAGCUGCAGAAUUAUUGUAAGAGGUCCUCCCAGCCACAUGAGGGAGCUGUUUGUAAGUCCAGCUUUUCCCAGUGCAACGCCACCCCUACCAACUACUCCAGAGGUCCAGGCACAGGAAAACAUUACAGAAGCAGCUCCCUGUCUCAUAGUCCAGACCAGAUAAGUAAAGCCACCCAUUGGUCAGUACCUCGUAAAACUCCGCCCAUACCCAGAGGAAGACGAAAUCCAAUUGGAGGAUCCAAAAAUUCUGGCCCCGCCUACCAACACCUCCAGGAAUUGGAGUCGUCUGAGAGGGAGGUUGAAUUAUUGAAAGGGUACCAGAUUGUGAGGGCUGGGAGCGACCCGCAACAGGAUGCCUUUCUAAAUAUGCAACCCCCCAUGUUGAUUGAGCGGUCAUGGGAGAGCAGGGUGGAGGUGCGCUGCAGUCUUCUGAACCAGGGCCAGGACCAUGAUAUCUCCACCUCUACCAGGACCCUCAGGUGCCCCAGACAUCCCAGCCUCUCAUCACCUUCUCCAUUUCAGACCUGCUCCAUCCCCAUCAUCCCCUCAGUCCAGGGCAACCAGGAUGAGGUCUCCUGUUUGCAAACGACCACCACAGGCUCAGCCACCUGCAGCGCCACGCCCAGUAUGGAAGUAGGAGGAGGAUGCUCCCUCAUCACGCUGCACCACGCCUCCACCUCCUGCUCCUCCUCUACGGGGGGCCAGCAGCAGGAUGAGAUGGCCCUUAUCCUGGAGGAGGCCCAGGAGCAUCUCAGGGCUCUGACUCUGGCCAACAGGAAGCAGGAAGAAAGCGGCGGCUUUUCCCCUUCAACACCCAGAGAGACUGUGUGCUUCCUGACACUCAAUGGCGGAGGAGUGAGGGGUUUGAUCCCUAAUGGACCUAUUGAGACCCAGUUACUGAGCCCUAGAGAACCCCACACAGACUCAACUCAGCCCUGCCAAUGAGACUGUUUAAGCCCUAACGUCCUGUCUGGAUCUACAGUAAAACCACCCUGGUGUCUUGAAAUCCAGACUGCAGAGACUUCUUCAUCAAAGGGAUGAGAUGAAACUCUAUAGAGAAAAAAUAUAAUGAAAAAAAACUAUGUGUAUGGAAGAAUGAACAGAGGGAUGGUCUAUGAAGUUAUGAAGAGAGCAAUUAUGUAUAUGCAUUUAUUUAAUGCUUCUUCUUAGACAAAAUAAACCAAAUAGUCUGUCA